AUCAUUUGUAUUCUAGCCUCUCUCGCUCUCUCUCUCUCUCUCAAUGUCCAAUUUUUUACUUUCUGUUUACUUCUUGCUGUAUAGCUAAAAUCCAUUUGUUUUCGCCUGAUAAAUAACCAGAAUGGUUUGAUUAGUGAUCCCUAAGCACCUUAUCUAUUACAUCACUCUCACCAUGCGUCAAGCUUCCACGGUAACCCAGGAGUCCGGUCCCGUUUUUGAUUUUGCAGGCCAAUUGGGUCGUUUUGCCUUUAACACAGCUUUUCAGAGCAAAAAUUCAAAUGGGUACUCUUCGUUUAAGUCAAAUUAUUUGUUUUUCGAUUGUUCAGUUGGGCAAACAAAGCGCAAAGUGGCUGCUUCUUUGAGCUUCGGUAGUCGGGGAACUUCGAGUGUUAAAAGGAUUUGGAGUGAGUUCGAUAGGGUCAUUAGAUUUCACUGUCAGAGAAUCCCAAUUGGGUUUGCUUCCGUUGGCGUUGAUUCUGGAGAUAGUAACGGUGAUAAUAGCAGUGGUUUGAGAGAUGAUGGAUGUGGUGUUUUGGUAGAAGGGGGCUUACCUUUGAACGGUGCAGAGGCCGAGAGCCCCAAAAAGGUUCUCAUUUUGAUGAGUGACACCGGGGGUGGCCAUCGAGCCUCUGCAGAGGCUAUCAAGGCAGCGUUUAAUGAAGAAUUUGGUGACGACUAUCAGGUGUUCAUUACUGAUUUAUGGUCAGAGCAUACACCUUGGCCAUUUAAUCAAUUGCCUAGGAGCUAUAAUUUCCUGGUGAAACAUGGGCCAUUGUGGAAGAUGACAUAUUAUGGGUCUGCGCCUCGUGUGAUCCACCAAUCGAAUUUUGCUGCGACUUCUACUUUUAUAGCCCGUGAGGUGGCAAAAGGACUGAUGAAAUACCAGCCUGAUGUUAUUAUCAGUGUACAUCCACUUAUGCAACACGUUCCUCUUCGUAUAUUGAGGGCAAAGGGUCUUUUGCAGAAGAUAGUGUUCACAACAGUAGUCACAGAUUUAAGCACUUGUCAUCCUACAUGGUUUCAUAAGCUUGUCACAAGAUGCUAUUGCCCAACAACAGAUGUGGCAAAGAGGGCAUUAAAAGCUGGGCUUCAGCCUUCCCAAAUUAAGGUUUAUGGCCUUCCAGUGCGGCCUUCAUUUGUUAAGCCUGUUCGACCAAAGCAUGAACUAAGGCGAGAACUAGGAAUGGAUGAAGAUCUUCCAGCUGUGCUAUUAAUGGGAGGAGGGGAGGGGAUGGGUCCCAUUGAGGCAACUGCACGGGCACUUGGGGAUUCUUUAUAUGAUGAGAAUCUUGGUGAGCCAAUAGGUCAGGUUCUGGUGAUAUGUGGCCGCAACAAAAAGUUGGCCAACAGAUUGCUUUCGAUUGAUUGGAAGAUUCCUGUCCAGGUGAAGGGGUUUGUCACUAAAAUGGAGGAAUGUAUGGGUGCUUGUGACUGCAUUAUAACAAAGGCUGGCCCUGGGACAAUUGCAGAAGCAAUGAUACGAGGUCUCCCUAUAAUCUUGAAUGAUUACAUUGCUGGCCAAGAAGUAGGGAACGUGCCUUAUGUGGUGGAAAAUGGAUGUGGGAAAUUUUCUAAGUCACCAAAAGAAAUUGCAAGCAUUGUUGGUCAGUGGUUUGGUCCAAAAGCAGAUGAGCUUAAGGCCAUGUCACAAAAUGCCUUGAAGCUAGCAAGACCAGAAGCUGUGUUCAAGAUUGUUCAUGAUCUUGAUGAGCUGGUUAGACAGAGAAAUUUAGUGCCCCAGUAUUCCUGUACCCCUUAGCGCUCUCUCUCUCUCUCUCAGAGCAAUCAAUUUUGAUAGGAGCUCAAUUACCAUGUAUAGUGCGCUUAUUAGGUGAUGGGUAUUCUAUUGUGAAAAAAAGGAAAGCUUUCAUUAUUAGAACAGAAACAAAAACAUUGCUUAUGAUUCAAUCUUAUCAUUCGUCUUUUGAGCCUAUUUAUAAUUAUGCCUCAAUGGGCAAAAUAAACUUGUUUAACUCUGUGAAUUCAA